ACGUGGGUGCUGCGAUGGCCUCUAUCUCUGCUUUGGUGGUGGUGUCUAGCGCGCGUCAGACGCGACGGUCGUUGUGGUCGCUCAGGUCAGGUCAACCAUCGCAUGAACGCUACCGCUACGCACGUAUGGGACUCAGCACGGAGAGCUCAGCCAGGAGAGGCUGCUUCAUUACGCACAUCCUUCCCUUCUUUCUUGACAUCAAGUAUCGCAGCUGUCCCAUCCAUUCGGAGGAAAGGGCCUCGGCUCGGCAUUCCUGCGUUCCUGCAUGCUGCUCAGCAAUCUUCCGUCGCCUACGGCCUUGAGUCAUCAAGGCGCUCGGGACGCCCGAGAGCUGACGUAGAUAGAGCCCGCAACGUUUUGUAGCAGGAGCUCUCCAACCCUGGCGCGAUUCGCGUAGCACCAUUGGGCUCAGGGCACAAUUCCACCUUACGCAAUGACAGAUCAGUCGAGCGAACACUCAUGUCGAUCGCAGCCUAUAAGAUGCGUGAUCGAAGAGAGCUCCUCGCUCCCAAAACUCACCGCAUCUCAACCUUACUGCAGUACACAAAUCGAUAUUUUGCAACGCUUCAGCCCAUCCCACCACACAUAACUGUCGAAAGUUCAGAUUCAGGUGAUCCAGCCUUCGCUACUCAGUCCUUUAGCUUCAGCUUAAGCAUGAUCUUUGCAAGAGCACCUUCAAGCAUGACCAACAAGCGCUCCAUCACGCCGCCCGGCUCCUCUUCAAGCCCGCCAACGCUCAGAAGAAAAAGGAGAAAAGGAGAACAAGGGGUGGAACAUCUUCCGGAAGACAUAGAGAACGAAGUCGCAGUCGUACUUGAAAGAGACUACAUUCGCCCUCUCGGGUCAUUGGUACCGAGCCACUCGUCGCUGUUCAACCAAGUCAAGCAGAAAAGCUCAGAAAUCGCAACUGUCACCAUACUCUUGAUGCACUGUGUCACGACCGUGACCAUCCCGAGUCCGCCAGAGCCAUGCCAAGACUGCGUCGCGCUGCUGCCUCCAGGUCCUCCAAGUCUGAAGACCUUCCGCAUCGAUGGCGACUGAACGGUAACCAGCAAACAGGCUGUCACCACUCACGGGCUGUCACCUCCCAAAAGGACAGCCAUCCCAGAAUCAAUUUCUGGAUCGCCUGCCUG